CUGACUUUUGUGUGGAGUCGCUCUGUUCAACCAGACAUGGCUUGAACGCGCCUCACUUUUACGCUGGUGGGAACAACCAUGGUGGAAGGUGACGGUCAGGCCGCUUUGUUUGGACUACUUCACCCGGCUUCUUUCCUGACAACUUUGCGGCCGUGAAGAGGCGCGAGAGGGCGGCAUGGCAAACAUCAAAGUGGCGGUACGAGUGCGUCCACUGAGCGCGAGGGAAAGUAGUGAUGGAGGAAGAGUAGCACUUCAUGUGGAGGACAACAAGUUUGUGAGGAUACAAAAUGUCAAGCUGGACGGACGCACAGACCACACCUUGGACUCCAGGGAGAAACUUCUGGAGUUUUGUUUCGACUACUGCUACUGGUCGGUGUACCCAGAGGACCCCCACUAUGCAUCACAGGAGGAGGUGUUCCAGGACUUGGGUGUGUCGGUGCUGGCCGCGGCUUCUCAGGGAUACAACGUGUGUCUGUUUGCUUACGGCCAGACGGGGUCCGGAAAGACUUACACCAUGAUGGGAACACAGGACUCCACUGGUUUGACUCCUCGCAUCUGUCAGGGCCUCUUCAGGUCUCAGGAUCCACUUCCCGACGGGCAGAACUCGAGCAGAGUGGAGAUCAGUUUUUUGGAGAUCUACAAUGAGCGAGUCCGAGACCUGCUCGGAGGUGGCGAGCAGAAGAAAAGAACCUCGCUGAGAGUCCGAGAACAUCCCGAUAAAGGACCCUACGUGCAAGACCUAUCACAGCAUGUGGUGUCAGACAGCAAGCAGGCCGUGGAGCUGCUGGAGGCAGGAAUCGCCAAUCGCAUGACGGCGGCCACCCACAACCACCACGCCAGCAGCCGCUCCCACGCCAUCUUCACCGUGCAGUAUACUCAGGCGACACUAGAAGACAACCGUCCCUCAGAAACAGUCAGCAGGAUCAACCUGGUGGACCUGGCUGGAAGCGAGAGAGCAGAUGCCAGCUCCUGCAGGGACCGACUGACCGAGGGCGCCAACAUCAACAAGUCUCUCGUCACGCUGGGCAUCGUCAUUUCUGCCCUGGCCCAGAACUCCCAGAUGUCCAGCAGCUGCCAGAGCAUCAACAGCAUGGCCUCCGAGGGUGAAGGCAGCACAGCAGGGAGCCACAGCAGCUCUCUGUCUGGAGGAGGAGGGAGGAGGCACUGCUUCAUCCCCUACAGAGACUCUGUACUCACCUGGCUGCUCAAGGACAGCCUGGGCGGCAACUCCAAGACUAUCAUGAUCGCAACUGUCUCGCCCUCUGCUAACUGCUACAACGAGACCCUCAGCACGCUGCGCUACGCCGCCCACGCCAGAAACAUCGUCAACAAGCCUCGGGUGAACGAGGAUGCCAACGUGCGCCUGAUCAGGGAGCUGAGGGAGGAGAUCGACAGGCUGAAGAACAUGCUGCUCAACUUUGAAAUGCAGCGUGAUGUCAGUCCGUGUCUCAGUGACGAGAGGGAAGGAACGCUGGCGGACAUUGUGCUGCAAAAUGAACUGAAGGUGGAGCAGCUGACCAAGGACUGGUCUGAGAGUUGGGGGGACACGGAGCAGUACAGCGUCCACUCGGACCGUCCAGCAGGCGUCCUGGUCAACUCGCUGCAGCCACACCUGCUGGCCUUGGACGGAGACGUCCUCAGCACCGGCGUGGUCUUCUACCACCUCACGGAAGGACUGACCCGCAUUGGACCUCACGGCCAAUUUAAAGAACCACAAAUUGUUGUUCAGGGCGGGGCUCGCUGUGAGGUGGAGAACGACGGAGGUGUGGUCACCCUCAGACCGCUGCCAGGCUGCGUUUGCCUUAUUAACGACAGGGAAGUCACCGAGCCCUGCAGGCUGGUGCAAGGAACGGUCAUCACUUUGGGAGGGGUUCAUAAAUUUCGCUUCAACCACCCGGCAGAGGCAGCCGCCCUCCGGGAGCGCAGGCGGGCGAGUGAAGGUGGCAUGACCUGCACCAACAUUGAAUUUGGCCCUCAGACUCCUAACCUAAGCAGAGAGGAAGCUCAAGCAAAGGUCCAAGGCGAGCCAGGCGAGGAGUCCUCUGCCAGGCAGCGUGUAGACCAGCAGCAGCGCUACGUGGAGGGUUUGCGCCAGGAGAUGAGUUCUGAGCAGAGGCGGGCUGAACGGGAGCUGGAGAGGGAUCAGGCUCUCAUCCGACAGCAGCACAGUGACAUCCACCAGUGGAUCCUGCAGGAGAAAUGUCACUGCUUAGAAGUGGAGCAGAAAGUCACCCAGGAGUUUGGGGUUCAAACUGACCCUCUUCUGGAGCAGCUGACGCGGCUUAUGUCCGACAAUCAGACUCCGGGCUGUCCGUCCCUAAUUGUCGGGGCCAGGAAGAAAGCCGUCCAGGAGGAGUUACUGAAGCAUCACGCGCUGCGCCGCGCCGAGAGCCGCCUCCGCCGGAAAAAGCUGCAGUUCCAGCUGGAGCGAAUCGCCCGUAAGCGCCAUCUGUUGGAAGCCAAGCGGGAAUUGCAGCGUCUGGAAAAGGCCUUGCCACCUGGAUUAGACACCCCUGAGUGGCCCCCGGUGAAGCCCAAAGAACUUGUUCCCCGGAGGUAUUCCUUCUCAGCGGACCUUGUGUCUCGACUCUACCCACAGCACACUCCAAUAUUCAGACAUUUUCUCAAAAGGAAUAAAUCCACAGAGCUGACUUCGAACACUUCUUUUCAAUGCUUAAGCAGCAGGAGGUGGGUUUCGGACGAGUGCCUCAAUUGGGAAAGGACCCAGAGUUGUUCUGGGGCUCUCCCCUCAAGACUACACCAAGGAAAAGGGAGAUCUUCUGAAAAUGUAGUACUAACAAGUAAGGAGGAGACACCUGAUCAGCUACGUAAACCACUGUUACCGCAAAGAGACUUGUCUUUUAAAAACAGAUCAGGCGUACCCGCGACACCAAAGAUGCCACUUCGACCUCCAAUGCAGCCUCUUGGCAAAGAAAACGAAGGAUCCAAAACAAACAUUCAAAAUUGUUUAGGCCGAUCCCAUUCAUGGGACAACAGAGAAGGACUGACUAAUUUUGUGGCGCCAGAGGUAAAACCUGCUAUGUCCAAAAUGUCCGGAGAACCGCCGCCAGGUGGAGAGCCCAACUCUGAGAGGCAUCGUUUUCACUGGAGGCAUUCGAGAGAUACAAGCCAUGAAGAUAGUAGCAUGAGGAGCGCAAGUAGCAUUAAAGCAGCUGUCUCGUGCGAGGAGCUUGAACACGAGAGUCUGAUCGAAGGUGUUGGGCAGCGGCGGUGGAACAGCACUGAGACCAUCCAGACCAGCAAAUGGGUAGAGAGACAUCAGGGAUUGGUCAGAUGUGAGGAAGGCGCAUCAGGAGAGGAGGGAGAAGCGUCAGAUCCUGAGAGUCUUUUCUCUCUCGAUUCUUUAUCGUCGGCCUAUGCAACGGCUCUCGCGGAGCAGUUGAAACGUGAAGAGAGCGAGCCUGAGAGUGAAGCCAGCGAGAUGUCCAAAGACUCUUUGGUUGCGGAUUGCCGACAGAAUAAAAACUUUGGAAGGAAGAGCUUCUGCCAAAAAGUGGUUCCAACAUACUCAUUGGUGACUGAUCCGCCACACUCCUGCGUUAAACAGUGCGGCAGUUCUCAAAAACCAAAGCUUAUUACGACAGAGAUGGACUGGAACCAGCAAGGCUCCUCUAAAAACACUUCAUUUCAACGUUUGGGAGAGAAAGGGGUCGUCCAAUCGUUGAUUGACGGUAACGAGGGGUCUGAAAACCUGCCGCCGCUUACGGAUGCUCAGUUUGCUUCUGUUUCAGUGGAUAGUACCAGAAUCUGCAAAGAUUUAACAUAUCCACGUCAGGGAGAAAAAAACAUUGGCAGCUUUUCCGAUGCUAUGUGCUCAUCUGUAGAUUGCGGUUCAGAAUCUACUCGCACUGGAGGUUUAAAACUGCAUGAGACUUCAGGAGAAAGUUUGAUACCAGAGAAAGAACAGUCAGACAAAUGGCCAUCUUCCGCCAUAUUGGAUACUAAGUUCAAAGAUUGCGGUCCAAUGCCCUGUUGUGACGCUGACAUGCCCACUGCUGGUGAAUUGCAUCGUUUAGCAAACCCUACUGAGCAAAGCAAAGUGUAUGCGUGCCUCACAGCAUCGCCUGAAGAUGAAGUAUCAUGCAAUUUAAACUGUGCAGCAGAAUCAUUGCGGUCUGAUUUGGGGAAGAAUGCAUAUGGAACAGGAAUUGGAUCACUGAAAGACACAGAAACCAAAGAUGACAAGGCCAACCAUUCACCUCAGUGGGAAUCAUCUUCCAGGAAGAGGAACAAGGAUGAGCAGGAGGCUUUCCCAGGUAGCCUAAAAAUUCCAAAAAGAAGCCCUUCUCUAAUUAGCAACCAGGAAAACACCUGGUCUGAUGAUAACAACAGUAACUCUUGCAACUGCAAAGAAAAACAUAAUGCGGCAGCAGAUGGAAUUAUAUCGCCGGAUUCUAAUGACAUGCCUCGGUCGUUUGAGGACUGUGGGCUUCACUCUCAGAACAACUCUUCUCUGAGAAGAGAUGAGGAAUUGGAUUUUGCAGUAGAGCAAAAGGCGGGUUCUCGAAUCGACUUCACCAGAAGGAAACAUGUUUGUCAGGCUGAAGCCAUUUGCAGCGCCAUUGACCUGAGAAUCUCAGAAGUGGUAAAAGAACACUCGAAUAUGUCGUUGACUAGCAACAACAGAAGCUACUGUAGUCAGAGCCUGGCAGCCGGGAUAUCACAAAACCGACUGCGAGAUGACAGAAGCCAUGAAGCGAAAGGUGUGGUCAACAACAUACUCCUGUUGGUGGAUCAUGCAAAGACAUCUUUUGACUCUACAUCAACCAAUUCUGAUAAAAACCCAACUGACCAUGACAUCUCCGGCAGCUGCAUCUUCCGAACAACAAGAAAUGAGGUGCAGAACGAUUACACAAGUCAACAAAAUAUAACAAAUGAGCUUUUUGUUGAGGUGACUGAUUGUUCCAGAGGAGUAGGCUGCUCUGGGACUUUGGAUUCCGGGACCUCAAAAUUAGCUUCUAAAUGUGAAGGCAAAGCGUCGACCAAGCGAUCUGAAGCGCACAUCCCAGAGAGCUUUGCCGUGUUAGAAGAUGAAAAGAGUAUCAGAACAACAGAUUUUUGUCCAGCAGGUAUGCUUAAAAACAGCAAGUCCAAAAGGUUUAGGCGGUCCAAGAUACAGCCUCAUUCGUCUUCUGAUUCCUCUUGUAAGUCAUCAGAUGAAGACCAAGACCAAACCACUACGCAGCUUAAGCUUCGACCGAAGAAGCAGUUGAAUGGAAAUAAUUCCAAGGUGAAGUCUAAAAUGGAGACAAUAAAGGAUGCUGUAUUACUCCGAAAAAGACUCUCAUUACCUCUACAAGCAUUGCCACCAAGGGCAAAUGUAGAAAAAACUAUGAAUAAUGCGCUCAUGCAUUUCGCAUCAAGUGACAUCAACCCUUUCAUUCGUCAGUGGCAAGAUGGCGAGCAGCGCCCUCAGUGCUGCAAGAACCCCGCCUUCGGAAGUGCCGCCGACCUAUCCUAUAAAUCCCCGCUUUUAACCAGUACCGAGAAACGCAUAACGAGGUGCUCUAGCGUUGAUAACGGCUUAAACAGGCAGAACUCUCCCUACAUUUCCCAUUUGAGCACCUAUGCCACCAGCAAGGUGCUUUCCAGCACGCUGAGCAGCAUUGAGGACUAUAAAAACCAAACCAACAAAACCUUACACUCAGCAGCCUGUCCUUGCUCAUCUCAUCCAACAGUCUACACCACCUCAUCCAGUGACCAUGUACCAAAAGGUUUUGUUACCAACUCCUGUCAUGUGGAUGAAAUGUUUUCCUACUCAUCUGACCCAGAGUCAAGCCAAAGAAGUACCAAUGAGCAAGCCACUCAGACCGGGUUGGUCCUACCGCCUAUUCAAACAAACCGAGCUCCACAAAGAAAGGAGCGUCACAAAAGAAGCCACACAGAUGUACCAAAAACCAAAGAAGGGAUAAACGAGUCCUCGACGUGGACAAGUAUGGAAAGCAUGUCAGUUCACCUCUCGAAAUUGAUCCACAGCACCUCUGACCUGCUGGGAGAUGUCCAGGGAAUGAGAACAGGUCGCAUGUUGAAUCUACGAAGAAGUGCAGCCCUCUCAAAUAUCAGCCACAGUUGGACUGAAGACCAUACCAAAAAAGAUUGCGCCACUGAAACGGUUAUGGAUGUCGGGAUACAAACUGAAAUACCUUUGAUACGAGCACACACAGAAGGCCAUCAGAGGUCCAAAAGUCACGAGCUUACCGUGACGUUGAGAGUGAUAGGAGCUGAGGUGGUGAAAACUGAGACUGAUGACAAUAUGCUGACUACAACAGAGCCUAAAAGGCCUGUCUUGCAAUCUGGUAACGCUACUGUUGGAUGUCGGAGGAUGCUAAGAUCUGCUCCUUCUAGAAGCACAAAUAACUGCAUGCUUGCUGAGACACCAGUCUAUCAUACUGAAAACAGGUGCAGAUCAAACGGAAGCCACAUAAUCCCACCUGUAAAGAACUCUACAUCAAAAAAAGCAGUUAACUUCACAGAUCGGGCUUCAUCCCCGAUACUCACCGUGGAGGUUCAGCAGCGGGUCACGCAGAGAGGAAAGAAUGGUCAAAAGGACUAUGCCUCAGAUGAGGAUAGCUUUACUAAAUCUUCUUGCAGGUCGUCAUCUGUUUCAUUAAAGCCAAAACCAGACUGUGACGUUUGCUCAGAAACGUCAGAAUCACUGGAGAUGAUCAGGAAAAUUAGCCUCAAAGACUCGGAAGAAUGCUCCCCAAACCUUUGCUGGUCACUGGAGAAGAGGACUAUUAAUCAUGAAGACAAAGGGAACGCCCAUUGUCAAGUCAAACGACACUGUGUCACAUCUGUUUUUUCCCCGCCGAAAUACCUCUCUGUCAGUGCUCCCAUCAAACAAUCUCAUAGCAAACCUGAUACAACCUGGCAGGGAUCAGAAGUUGUGCCCUGUGACCGUGCCUGUGCUCGUUCUCCAAUCAUCGACAGAACCGAUGACGCGGCAUCACUCACAGCGAGCGAGUGCAGCACCGACAUCCUGCUGAACACCAAACCGUUUGCAACCGUGUCCGUCUGUCAGGAGCAAGUGCCCGAGGACCUUCCCAUGCACAACAAGUUCACCAACUGGUCAGGCAUCACCCUACAGCAAUCAAGGUGCUCUAGUUAUGCCUCUAACUCGGCGAUGCAGUCUGACUUACGGUCGAGGGAAAUCGAGAGGCUGAGGAGGGAGAGAGAGCAGGUGAUGGCUUCCGUCAACCUCAGCGCCAACGCCAUUCCGCUGACCGUGGAGCUCGCCGAGGCCAAGCUGCAUUACGGCCGUGGAGAGACAGACACGCUCCUCAAGAUGAUGUCGCCGAGGUCCGCGGACGAGCUGGAGCAUCCGACGUCCAGCCCGACCAAACAACGCAGUGGUCUCAGACAUAGUUUAAGCGUUGAGGGUUUGCGGAAAAGGAAAGAAGAGCAAUCUCAAGUGAACUGUCGAGCUCGAAGUCUGAGCCCCUGCAAAGACUACCACUUGUCACCUCAGGACAAAAACCAGGUGCAGCAGAUGAAGCCUGAGGUCACCAGGUGUCAGACAGAACAAGGUUCAGUAAGAAGUGACAUAGAGCAGCUGCUACGCGAUUACGGUCGCGCCCGCGAGGAAGCCAUGACAGAGAUCGCAAAGGCCCGGGAACGACUACGUGAGAGGACGGAGGAGGAGAAGAGGAAGCUUCAGCAGCAGGCUUUAUCUGCGGAGGUGAAGGAGGACCCCAGGCGUCGGACCAGGAUCAGCAACAGCACCUUAUGCACCGGAUCAAGUCUGAGCUUGUCGUCUGGACCAACUUCAGGUUACAACAGCGGCAACACUCUGCUGCAGCUGCAGUAUGGCCAAGGACAGACCACUACUUUCCUGGAGGAAGACCUGAAUGUCCGCUCACCCCCUGCAGUGUGUGGUCCUCAAGAUGUCCAGCUUGAGCUUGGUGCCUCCACCUGGGAGCCUCUGAUGACCUCAUCGCCUCCAGCUUGGACUCGGCGACGACGGGCCACCUCCUUUGGCUCCUCCUCCUCGCUCUCCACCACCUAUCAGGACAUCACCACUGGCCUGCUCAGCCGCGCUCUGGCUGAGGUGCGCCUCGCAGCCUCGGGGGAUUUGAGCAACCUGGUGAAGGGGAAGUCUUCUGCUGGCUGGAGACACCAGGGAGAGGAGCGAGGGAUCCAGGCCUUCUACAGACCCUCCUCCAGGCCUUCAGUCCACGCCUUCUUGGCCGCCGGGGAGCUGGACGCACCCCUGGAGCGUCUGUGGAAUGUCGUCCGCCAGCCGUCCAAGAGUCAGGCGUACAACCGCUCGAUCCGCACCGCCUGGACUCGACCACUAGAUGGCAGCACUCAACUGGUCUACAUCCUCACAGAACCUUCCAGCUGCCACCUCAGCCGUCCGCGAGAUUUCUGCUGCAUCAGCACCGAGUCCAAGCAGGGCGGCGUGCACGUGCUGGCCAUGCAGUCGGCGUUUGACGAGUCCCUGCCACGUGGCGGCGUGGAGGCCGUCCGGGGCGAGAUGAUGCCCAGCUGCUGGCUCCUGCAGCCCAUCAGACGCGGCGGGCGCGAGGUCACCAGGGCGGUCUACCUGCUGCACGUCGACCUGGGAACGCCGUCGUUCCCGUCACAGCUCUUGGGCGCAGUUGCCAGGGGACACGCCGCCGUCAUGGCCGCCCUCGCCAACUUUGCAGACAUGUGAUGAGACUCAAGCACUUAAGACCUUGGAGACUUUUUUUUUUAAAACUUUUUUAUCCUCUUUACUCAGGCAGCCUGUUUUGGAUUGCUUCCAACAAUCUUAAUGCUAGUUUACCAAAGCACUUGUUUGAAGUACACUUGGUGUUUGAAGUACACUUGCUCUACCAGCUGGAGACAAUCAUCACUUAGGAGACAAACAUCCCCUUUUUGGCUGUCAUAUCAGUAAUAUCAGACAAUCAUUACUUAGGAGACAAGUAUCACCUUUUUGGCUGUCAUGUCAGUAAUAUUACAGUUAUUGAUAACCACACAGGCGUUAAAAUACACUUUAUGUAGUGCAGGAGGACUGCACACUGAUAAAUGAAAGCAUGCGGUGGCCAUUUUGAUGUAUAAAAAGUAGGAUUAUCUCAUGAACAGGAAGUAAAAAGUCGGAUUAUCUCAUAAACAGGAAGUAAAAAGUCGGAUUAUCUCAUAAACAGGAAGUAAAAAAUCGGAUUAUCUCAUAAACAGGAAGUAAAAAGUAGGAUGAUCUCAUAAACAGGAAGUAAAAAAUCGAAUUAUCUCAUAAACAGGAAGUGAAAAGUCAGAUUAUCUCAUAAACAGGAAGUAAAAAGUCGGAUUAUCUCAUAAACAGGAAGUAAAAAGUAGGAUUAUCUCAUAAACAGGAAGUAAAAAGUAGGAUGAUUUCAUAAACAGGAAGUCAACAGUAGGAUUAUCUCAUAAACAGGAAGUAAAAAGUAGGGUUAUCUCAAACAGGAAGUAAAAAGUAGGAUUAUCUCAUAAACAGGAAGUAAAAAGUAGGAUUAUCUCAUAAACAGGAAGUCAAAAGUAGGAUUAUCUCAUAAACAGGAAGUAAAAAGUCGGAUUAUCUCAAAC